AUGGUACAGGUACAGUUAGACAAGUGCAUUAAAACUGUAACUGGUGUCCCAUUUAUAGACAAAUUGGUUGAACCCCAUGAGGGAAAGACAUGGGUGCUAUUAUGCUCUAGUGGAUUCGGAUGGGAUAACUAUCAAAUGGAGGCCGACGUAUACCACGCCUACCAAGUAAUCCGUAAACACGGUAUACCCGACGAAAACAUUAUUGUUAUGCAUUACGACGAUAUCGCAUAUCAUAAACAAAACCCGACCCCCGGUGUAGUCAUCAACCGAGUGAACGGCACUGAUGUCUACAAAACCCCGUACGAAGUGCCCAAACACUACACGGGGGAUGAGGUGACACCCGAGAACUUUCUAGGCGCACUUAAGGGCGAUGUUGAGCUAGAGAAACAGGGUAAAAAGGUGAUAAAAAGUGGUCCCAAUGAUCGUAUUUUUGUGUUCCUUGAAGAUCAUGGCGGCGAAGAAAUAGUACUAUUCUCCCAUGAUGUAUUACAUUCACUUGAAUUAAAUGCCAUGCUCAAGAAAAUGCACAUGGAUAAUAAAUUUAGCCAGCUGGUAUUUUAUUUGAAUGCGUGCGAAGCAGGAUCCAUGUUUGAAAAACUUUUACCUGGUGAUAUCAAUGUCUACGCUGUAACUGCAACUAAGCCUGGUGAAGUUGGCUGGUAUGCUGAGAAAGAGUGGGACACGUAUAAAACUUGGCUAGCAACUUAUUUUACAAUUGUAUGGCUCGAUGACUGUGAAAAAAGUGAUUUGACCAAGGAGCUUCUUUCCACUCAAUAUGCAUAUAUUAAAGAGCAUAAUAAUUUAACCAUGGAGGGCGAACUUGUAUUUCAGCAUGCUCAGCAAUAUGGGGAUUUAAGUAUCGCUGCUAUACAACACCUAUCUGAUUAUCUAGAUAAGAUUUAA